AUGUCGUCCCUACCAAACUGGCAGUCAGCUACAGAGGAGGCGCAGUAUCGAGACAAUUUCUUCUGGAUGAUUGAAGGUGGACAACCGAACCAAGUGAUGGAUGCCAUGACAGACCCACGGUCCAUGGGGCUGGUGGGGUCAAUGACGCGGGCGGCAUUUAUCAGAUCUUUUCUUCUUCUCUCCCCAGCACACUUCGUGGAGCCAUACCGACGUCUUCAUCAUACACUACACCAUUGGGGUGUUUUAAUGCAAGGACUCAAGCCUCUAGAAGCGAUAUUCGAUGACUUCGCCCAAAAUCUCCUCACGAUCAUUCAAUAUAGAGUUGCGGGUGGAUCUAUACCCCAACGAGUCGAAUACACCCACCUCCUAGACUGCGCACGUUCGAUGGGAAAUGGUCCAAUGGCGGAUGCGUUAUGGCAUGCGAUGCACGCCAACGAGGUCCUCCCGGACACUACAUGUUACAACCAUUACAUGGCAGCAAAAGUCUGGGAUCACUGCUACGUCGGGAAAGAAGGCUACAAUCUUCGCAUUCUUCCUCACACUUACAAGAAGCGACGUAUGGAAAGCCAGAGCCCUGGAUGGCGUGGCUAUGGAACAGCGGGGAACAGUAUCAAGCGAAUUACCUUGAAGAUCUUCGGUGAGAUGAGCGAGGAGGGCCUCGUUGGGGACGAGCAGACAUAUAUCAACAUUUUUCUUGCAGCGGCCCGGGUGGGCGACCAACAAGUCGCUCAGAAUAUCCUCAAGACCGUGUGGAAUGUCGAUGUUGAUGCCCUCAUGGAAGAGAGCAAUAACUCGCGGUUGCCACCAGUCACGCCCUAUGAACGUGGGUCACCUCUCUAUCCGACUGAGCGUCUUCUCUUCGCGGUGGCUCAUGCCUUUGGAAAUAACAGCGACAUCCAUGCGGCCAUGCGAACUGUGGACUUUAUAGCCUUUGCAUACGGAAUCAAGAUAUCGAACAAGGUUUGGUAUGAGCUGUUUGAGAGGACGUACGCCCUGUCCAAAGAACACACGCGCCGACAAGCAAACGACGGGCGAAUGGGCGGAGUGCCCCGAGAAAUGGUCCACGAGAUGUUUGAGGAGAUGACGACGGAACCGCACAACGUUCCUGUGACUCUCCAAAUGUAUCGCUUUACAACUCAGGCUCAUAUUAGGGAUGGCAACCUGGAAGAAUGCAAAGCAGACAUGCGCAAGGCCUAUGACAUUUUAAGCGAAACAAGGGCGAGAAGGAAAGAGGCAAGAGACCUGGUCAUGCACUAUUUGCAACCAGCUCUAGAUAGCAUGAAACCGGAAGCAUAUGGAAGGUCACCGCGGAGGUCAGCCGCACGACAGCGAAGAGGCUGUCAGCCACCAGAUAUGUCACUAUUACAGUGUUCCCUGCUCGCCGAAGCCAUUCACAGAUACGACAUCCUGCGGCUUGAAGUCUUCCAACAGAUCUACCUGAUGCAACGCAUAGCAUUUGCAGUGAUCCGAAGAAGAGAAUGGCGGGACACAUCAACCAAAGCCUGGGAGCUCCAAGAACGACCCAAACUCCAGGAAGAGUGGAAAGACUUUCUGCCCGAGAAAGGCGUCUACGAUAUCACACAUAUGAGAACCGGCACAGUCGAGUUCCACGGCAAAACAAGCGCCCACAGCCGCUACAUGAGCCGACUCGGCCGCAUCCAUGCACGGCGACUACCCGAUCACCCGGAGCUCUUUCAUCCAGUUGAAGAGAAGAUCCUGGACGACAGAGUGUUCUGGCAGAUUCUGCUUUACGACUAUCCUACGCUGGACGUGUCCAUUUCACCGCUCAAUCGCCUCUACUCCUUCCAGACGGAACAUUCUAAGGAAUUGAAGGAGAAACUCCGCAAGUUCCAGACGUGGGUCGAUUACCCGGAGGAGCAUGCUCUGUCGACGGAGAAUAAUCCGGAGGGUGGGCUUUACGGUCGUGUUUUGGCCCUGGGCUUCGAGGUCGACCCCAAUCGGAGUAUCUUUUGGCGGGAUGGGAAUCCUUGGCUGUCUUGA